GGGCUCCGUGGGCUUGUCGAAAGCGGCCGGCCGGCGCUCGGAGAACACGGCGUCGUCAUUUUAAAAUGGCGCCAAAGCUUAACCUCGACCAGUGGCUCGCUGGCGUCGUCUGCUGCCAGCCACUUAGCAUUAGCGGCCGCUCUUAGCCACACGUUCGCAACAACUCCCAGUAAAGACGAGCCACGCGUCCGAACCAAACUAUCAAUUCGAACAUUUCGACGCAUACCGAGCUGGAACUUCGAUACAAACAAAAUCAGCAGUUGAAGUUGAAUUGAAUGCGAGCAACCAAUGAACAUGUUAGCACGGGUUGCUAACCCGUUCGGAACGUCGCCAACCGGCGGACUUUUUGAAAAGUACUCGAAACCAUCGCUCCUCAACUAUUGUCACCCUGAGACCCGCAUUUUCUUGUUCUUGCCAAGUCGUGACCCACUUUUACAGACCUUAAGAACUAUAAAGAACAUUUUGAAUUGUUCAGGAGCCUUUGAGAACAUAAGCGUGGUGAAGCUGGAGCUCCUCAGACGCCCCACCAUGAAGAGAAGUCGACACCCCAGCAGCAGCGACGAGUCCGACAAUGCCAGCAAUUCCACCUGCUGGUCCCAGAAUUCAUCUCAGGCCAGGAGAGGACGCAGACAGAAACCUUCUGAGGUCUUCAGGACGGACCUGAUCACCGCCAUGAAGGUGCACGACUCGUACCAGCUCAACCCGGAGGAUUACUACAUCCUGGCCGACCCGUGGCGGCAGGAGUGGGAAAAGGGCGUCCAGGUGCCCGUCAGCCCGCAGUCCAUCCCGGAGCCCGUGGCCCGGGCGCUAACAGAGAAAAGCAAGGAAGUCACGUUCGUCAGACCCAAGAAGCUGAUCCGCACGUCGGCCGCCCAGGCCCUCGGCUACGUGGACAUCCGGACCCUGGCGGAGGGCACGUGUCGCUACGACCUCAACGAGGAAGACGUCGCCUGGCUGCGGGUCGUCAACGAGGAGUUCGCAAAGUUGGCUCUCCCGCCACUGGACGAAUUCGCCACGGAGCGCGCCUUGGAGGAGUUUGAGCGGCGUUGUCAUGACAACAUGACGCACGCUACCGAGACACAGGAGGGCCUGGGCAUCGAGUACGACGAGGACGUGGUGUGCGACGUGUGCCAGUCGCCCGACGGAGAGGACAACAACGAGAUGGUGUUCUGCGACAAGUGCAACAUCUGCGUCCACCAGGCAUGUUACGGCAUACAGAAAGUCCCAAAGGGCAGCUGGUUGUGUCGGAUCUGCGCCCUGGGUAUCCUGCCAAAGUGCCAGUUGUGCCCGAAGAAGGGCGGUGCCAUGAAGCCCACCCGCAGUGGAACCAAGUGGGUCCACGUCAGCUGUGCCUUGUGGAUCCCAGAGGUGAGCAUCGGGAACCCGGAGAAGAUGGAGCCGAUCACCAACGUGUCGCACAUUCCCAGCAACAGGUGGGCGCUCAACUGCUGCCUGUGUAAAGAGAAGAUGGGAGCCUGCAUCCAGUGCUCCGCCAAAAACUGCCGCAUCGCCUUCCACGUGACGUGCGGCCUCCACUCCGGCCUGGAGAUGACCACCAUCCUCACCCAGGACGACGAAGUCAAGUUCAAGUCCUACUGCCCCAAGCACUCGGGCCUCGAGGGCGGCGAUUCUGGGGAGCGAGACUCCAGCGGCGAGGUAGAAAACGAGGAAGGUGUCGGGAGCAAGAAGGGCAAACGGCGAGGAAGGGUUAGAGGGGACGACGAAGAGGACACCGCCGCCCCAGCCCCCGGCCUCGUCUCGUUGUGCCUCGUUCGUCAACGCGACCCGCAGGAAAAGCGCGUCAACAUCCGCAAGAUGAAACUGCAAGAGAUGGAGGAGGUCUUCUACCAGUUUGUGGACACCGAGGAAGUGGGCCGCCACCUCAAGAUGGCGCCCGAGACAGUGGACUUCUUGUACCAGUACUGGAAGCUGAAGCGCAAAGCCAACUUCAACCAGCCGCUGCUCACGCCCAAGAAGGACGAGGAGGACAGCCUGGCCAGACGUGAGCACGAGGUGCUGCUGAGACGCCUGCAGCUCUUCACGCACCUCCGCCAAGACCUGGAGAGGGUCCGCAACCUGACCUACAUGGUGACCCGGCGGGAGAAGAUGAAACGUUCCAUGUGGCGAGUUCAGGAGCAGAUCUUCCAGCACCAAGUCCAGCUCAUAGACCAAGAGCUGCUCAGCAGGAAUCCAUCGGAGCUGGAUCUGCAGAGUCUCUUCUCUAUAGACCGCCUGAACUCUCAAAGGUCCCACACUCGGACCCCAUGGAACCACUCUGAACACAAGACCAAACGACGAUCCAAGCAGGACAAAGGGAAAUCGCGUGAAAGGAAAGGACUCUCUGACUCACCGCCGGUAUCUAAGGAGGACACCAGAACCCUUGAGGCCAAACCCUUGCAGCUCAAUGAGUCGGAUCAGGACCCCCGGGCCCCAAACCAUCCUAACGACAACCUCGUGCUUCGGCACACGAAGUCCCCGAAGCAGGAGGUGACCGCUCAGGAAAGUGUUGGUGUCAAACUGCACAGGAAAACCGCCCGGAUGGAGGCCCCGGUGCCUGAACGGCGGCGAGAAAAACAACAGGAGCACGACGACCGGAAGCGGAAGCGUUGGACUGAAGUUUCAGAGACCUCCGCCGGAGCCCUGAAGGGCCGGUUCGGCUCUAAGGCUCUGGACAAAACCAUUUCCAUCCGGCUGGUAGACAUUAGAUCAUCGGACGCUGGAGAAACCAGAAGAAGGUCCGGAAAUUCUGACGUCAUCAACCACAGUAAGCUAAAGGAUGCCCCUUUGGAUGUUCCCCGGGUGUCCAAUGGGUCCCUGAAAGGCUGGGGGAAGUUCCGGAUCCCAAAGCGCAGCGAGAAGAACGAGCCGGAACAAAGCAAACAAUUGCUGCGGCCGCUCACCUACACGCUUCCGCCGGGGCCCCAGCACCCUAGGACCAGGCUUCGUACGGGGGCCGAGAACGAGGGCGGCGGCCCUGAGGUGCUGGACCAGCCCUGCUUGAAACGAUGCCACACGCACCAGCUGAGGGGCGACGCUUCCCUGAGCCGACGCUACGGCUCCGACAUCAUCCGGCGUGGCGUCCUAGCGUCCUGACCAGGCGGGGUUGGGGGGGAAUGACCCCUUAAUCUUUUUAGUUUUCUGGACAAAUCUGAAAAAACGUCUGACUAGAGCUGAUAUUUAUUUUUUACAUGUAACAUAAACUGGGAAAUAUUAGACUUAAUUUGAGACACUUUUCAUGUUCUGCCGCCGCCCCCCGAGGGACCACAAGCUGUCAUGAAUUAUUAUUAUUUGUUUAAGUUGUAAAGGGAUGGAACAUUUCCAGGAAACUUCUGAAAGGUUUCUGAAUAAUGGGAAGUUAAAAUCGGGAAAUUUGGAAAUAUGUCCAAUUGGAAACUUUCCCUGAGUAGAUGAUCAUAUUCAAACAUCCAGCAGUAUCUUAAUUAUUACUUCAAAACUUUUUCAGUUUGAGCACUGGUGUAUCGGAAGCUCGCUCGCAACUUAAAAUUUGCAGCAAAAAAUGGACCGGGCGUAGAGUCGUAACGUUUUUCAAUUCCUGGUUUAUUCCCAUGGAAAGUUUCCAACUUUUAAAAUUCCUGUUGAAAGUUUCCAACCCUAGUCGGAAGUAUUGUGUUUUGCACGACGCAGGAAGUAACAGCGGCCUUUUUACGAUUGGCAUUUAGGAGAAGUUGGAUUUUCGCCGUUAGCACUUAAGUGUCGUUGAAUUAGCACCUGUGCCACGUGCCUCACUUAGUUCAAUCGUUUGCACUACGACGGGCCGGCCAGUUAUUUUUACACUGAAGACAACAAAAAUAUUUUCUAUCCUUGGCCGCUGCUGUACUAUCGUUAUGCAAAAAUCGUUCUUGUUUUGGUUGUCUUUUGUCUGAAAGACAAAAUAAAAAAAUAUCUGGAGGAACGACA